UGUGUGUAUGUGUGUCAAAUACUUUAAAGGGUGUACAAACAGGCUGGUACGUUAAGUGACAGGAAGGUAAGGUGAGCCUACUUCUGCAGAUAUCCUUGCUGCUGCUGACUUGCAGGAUAAAUGCUGACCCAGACGGCUGCUGCCAAAUCCCUCCCUAAAAGACCACCAGACAUCUUUCCUAAAGUUAUUCAAGACCCUGGGUUAGUAUAUCUCUGUGGCAUAUGUUGGACCCGACCUGUCUGCAGGGAGAACUCAGGAUGUCUAACAGGACAGCUGUGGGAAAAAGAAGCAGGAAAUGCAAAGAAAACCUCGAUGUGACCGACUCUUCUCCAGGUGGACACAUCAUGGGUCAGAACGAGAACACCAACUCUUUGUCUGACGGAGUCUGCCCAGGUGGCAACCCACCAGCAGAGAGAGGCGAGACUGGAAUCCUUUACCUGAACCCUCAAACACCAAACUGGCCUCUGGUGGAAAAGUUCGCUCAGCUCUCACCAGCAGAGGACGUCGACGUGAACGACGAGCGUGACGACGGCAGGGAGUUGUUGCAACUUCCAACACACACCGAAACCAAUAAAAUGCACGACCGCGAUGAAGCGCUGUCAGUGGAUUUGAAGGAGGAGAGGAAACAAUCCACCAAACACAUCAAGAAGAGCCAGAACGAAGCACAGCAGAGGUCGAUCAACCAGAAAAAAGAAACACGUUCUUCGAACAAAAGUGACAAUAAGAGUAGUAGAAGUAAAAGGAAAAGCAAAGACGACAAAGUCCCUCAGCUUUUAUUCGUAAUGAAAAGACGCAUUGCAGUUGAUGCCGAGGAGCGUCCCUUUAAAUGCACACACUGCCACUGGGCCUUCAAGAAGCUCUGCAACCUGCAGAGUCACCUGCAAACUCACAGCGGACUCAAGCCUCACAUCUGUGACAUAUGUGGCAAGGCGUACUCACAUCAGGGCACGCUGCAGCAGCACAAGCGUCUGCACACGGGCGAGAGACCCUAUCACUGUCCCUUCUGCGUUAAAACCUACAUCUGGUCCUCGGAUUACCGCAAGCACAUCCGCACGCACACAGGGGAGAAGCCCUACACCUGCGGCACGUGCGGGAAGGAUUUUAUUCGCUCCUCCGACCUGCGGAAGCACGAGAGGAACAUGCACACCAACAACAAGCCUUUCCCGUGCACGCACUGCGGGAAGACCUUCAACAAGCCCCUCUCCCUGAAGCGCCACGAGCGGAAGCACCUGGGAGAGAGGCCGUUCUGCUGCCCCGACUGCGGGAAGGCGUUCGCCCUGGCCAGUCGCAUGGCCGAGCACCAGAAGAUCCACACGGGCGUGCGUCCGUACAUCUGCUCCGUGUGCUCCAAGUGCUUCACCAAAUCCUCCAACCUGACGGAGCACGAGGCCAUCCACAGCGGCGUGCGGCCCCACAAGUGCUCCGAGUGUGGCGUGGCGUUCGCCAUGGCCUCCCGUUUGGUUCGGCACCAGUUCGUCCACAACAACCAGAGGCCUCACAGCUGUGCGGGCUGCAGCAAGAACUUCAGCCACCUGGCCAACCUGACGCUGCACCAGGAGCAGACCUGUGCUGGGAGGAUCUUUGUCUGUGUGGAGUGUGACAAGUCGUUCCUGUGCGCCAACAAGCUGGCACAGCACAGGCUAGAACACGAGAGAAAAGGGUGUGAGCCCCAGUAAAGACCAGUACUGUCCUUUUAUAACCUAGGAGCUGCAAACUCCUCACUCUGUGCCUGAAUGUCUGGAGGCAGUAAGGUGAACCGCCUGCCUAUCAUGACAAUGGGAAAUCCUGUAAUUGCAUGUAUGUGUGUGUUUGUAUCUCAUGAAUCAUUUGAUGGAAUUUAAAGGGAUCAGCUUAGUUGUUACAUUAGACUUUAUUUGAUAAACAUAUAUAUUUAACUGUAAAUCAAUGACUGUAAAAAUACUGUAGGCUGUUU